AUGGCUUAUGGAAGAAAAACGGGAAUUGUCACUGCAAAGACUAUAUAUGCUGUCUCUCAAGGUGGUGAAAAAGGUUACGACAGUCUUCAAGAAGAAGCUAGACAGGUUGCUAAUAAAUCUCCUGGAAAUCAGCAAGGAGCAGUUGGUGAAAGUAAUGUUCAAAUUAAUUGUUCUGACUCAGAUCAAGGUGGAUUAAUUGAACUUGAGAAGCUGUUACAGCAGAAGACUUUCACCAGGCCUGAGAUUGAUCAUUUGACAGCCCUUAUGCUGUCAAGAACUCUGAUGCAUGCAUUCUCUUCUACACCAGUUUUUGAACCAUUUGUUAUUCCUCUGUUUCUUGAGAAACUUUCUUCUUCACUACAUUCAGCAAAGAUUGAUUCCUUACAAUAUCUUAGAGCUUGCUCCGUCAAGUAUGGAUCUGAGAGAAUUGCAAAAUAUGCUAAGGCGAUUUGGUCUUCAUUAAAAGACACCAUAAAUACUUACUUGGAUGAGCCAGAUUUGUCUUUUAGCCUAGAACCCAUAGAUGGUAUUGACUUUCCAAAGAAUGAAGUUGUAAUUAAAGUUCUGUCCCUCCUUCAAGAGCUUAUUGUGCAAAAUAGCAGUCAAUUAAUUAGCUUGAUAAUUGAUGAUGAGGAUGUCAAUUUUAUUAUCAAUAACAUUUCCUCUUAUGAGAAUUACAACACUAUUUCUGUACAAGAAAAGAAGAAAUUACAUGCUAUUGGUCGUAUUCUCUAUCUUACUGCCAAGACUUCCAUUCCUUCCUGCAAUGCCGUGUUUCAAAGUCUUCUCUCAAGAAUGAUGGAUAAUUUGGGAUUUUCUGCUAGUAACACCGAUGGCUUGCAAAAUGGUGGUAGUUUUGCCUCACAAAGUGUUAACUUCGGAUUCCUCUAUCUCUGUAUAGAACUGCUUGCAGGAUGCAGGGAAUUAGUUACUUUGUCUGAGGAAAAAUAUGGGACAUAUUGCACCAUACUUCAUAGUUUCUCAGCAGUUCUAUUUAAUGCCUUUGGUUCAGUCUUAGCAGUAAGUGAUGACAGAUGUCCCCCUGAUCUUGAUAUAUACAUUGGAGUGAAGGGUUUGCUGAUUCUGGCAAUGUUUCAUCUAGAUGUUUUCCCAAUACCAAAAUCAACAUUUGAAAAUAUUUUGAAGAAACUCAUGUCAAUUAUCGUAGAGGAUUUUGACAAAACAGUACUAUGGAAUGCCACAUUGAAAAGCAUUAUUUCAUAUUGGCUUGUUUGUUCAAAACUUCAGUGA